AUGGCCGAGGCGUUCCUAGCUGCCUUUCGCCGCUUCGUUUCCCGGCGAGGCCUCUGCAGCGACGUCUUCUCCGACUGCGGCACGAACUUCGUCGGAGCUGACCGUGAGCUGCGGGAGCUGUUCCGCGCUUCCUCUUCCGACGGCCGUCGGAUAAUUCACGCAACAGCUUCCGACGGCGUGAGAUGGAGGUUCAACCCCCCCGCAGCACCACACUUCGGCGGACUGUGGGAGGCCGCCGUCAAAUCCACCAAACACCACCUCCGAAGGGUCAUCGGCGAAGCCACCCUCACUUACGAGGAAAUGGCGACCCUCUUUACUCAGGUGGAGGCGUGCCUAAAUUCGCGUCCGUUGCAGCCGCUGACGGACGAUCCCGACGAUCUGGCGGCGCUAACCCCAGGGCACUUCAUCAUCGGCGCCCCCCUCGUGGCCGUUCCUGAGCCGUCACUCACGUCCGAGAAGGACAACGCUCUAUCGCGGUGGCGGCUUCUUCAAAAAAUGCGCGAUCACUUUUGA